UCUAAGCGCUUUACAAGAACGGUAUUAGCAUUGGCUUGUAAAGCAUUUAAAACUUCAAUGAAAAAUGAAAACAUUGAAGAAAUGUGAAAGAUGAAGAUGAAAGGGAUCGGUUAUUCGUUUUAUGAGCACCAUGUAAAAGUGUUUGAUUAGUUGAUAGACUUAUAAAACGCCACAAUGCCUUUUGUUAAUAUGAAAAAGGCUGCUCAGGCCUCAGGUAGCUCAAAAAGUUUUGCUGUGAAAGUUACAACAAUGGAUGCAGAACUUGAUUUCACGACUGUGGAGCACAAGGCAACAGGUAAAGAUUUAUUUGAAUUGGUGUGUAGAACAAUCGGUCUGAGAGAAACAUGGUACUUUGGUCUGCAGUAUGUUGACACGAAAGGAUAUAUAGCAUGGCUCAAAUUUGAUAAAAAGGUGCUAGACCAAGACAUACCAAAAGAAUAUCCAGUACAGUUUUUAUUCCUGGCGAAAUUCUAUGCUGAAGAUGCCUCUGAGGAAUUGAUACAAGAGAUUACUCAACAUUUAUUCUUCCUCCAAGUUAAACAAUCAAUACUGAACAUGGACAUAUAUUGCCCUCCAGAGGCUUCUGUACUGCUGGCAUCUUAUGCUGUACAAGCUAAGUAUGGGGAUUAUGAUCCAAGUUCAUAUAAACCUGGUAUCUUGGCGAGUGAAGAUCUGUUACCCCAGCGAGUGAUAGACCAGUAUCAUAUGACAGCUGAGAUGUGGGAAGAAAGAAUAAAAGAAUGGUAUGCUGAUCAUAGGGGGAUGUCAAGAGAUGAAGCUGAGAUGGAAUAUUUAAAGAUUGCUCAAGACUUAGAAAUGUAUGGUGUUAACUAUUUCCAAAUAAAAAAUAAACGUAAUACAGACUUGUGGUUGGGUGUUGAUGCCAGUGGAUUGAAUGUUUAUGAGCGUGAUAAUAAACUAACCCCUAAAAUAACUUUCCCGUGGAGUGAAGUAAAGAAUAUAUCAUUUAAAGACAAAAAGUUUACAAUCAAACCAUUAGAUAAGAAAACUAGUGAUUUUGUUUUUACUGCUCCUAAGUUACGGAUCAAUAAACUUGUAUUAGAAUUGUGUGUAGGCAAUCAUGAAUUAUUCAUGAGAAGGAGGAGACCUGAUUCAAUGGAGAUACAACAGAUGAAGACUCAUGCAAGAGAAGAAAAAGUCAGGAGACAGCAAGACAGAGCCCGAUUAGCGAAAGAAAAGCAAUUGAAAGAAGAAGCUAUAAGAGAGAAAGAAGAUAUGGAAAGAAAGUACUUACUGUUACAAGAUGAUGUGAGGAAGGCACAAGAAGAAUUGAAAAGAUCCCAGGAAACAACAGAAUUAUUGGCAGAAAAAGCUGAUUUGGCAGAAGCAGAGGCAAACCUGUUAAAUCAGAAAACAUGUGAAACUGAGGCUGAAAUACAAAGAUUUAAAAUGUCUGCUGUUAAGACAGAGGAAGAGAGAAUGUUAAUGGAGUAUAGAGCCAGAGAGGCUGAGAUGAUUGCUACAAAGUUGUUAGAGGACUCAGAAAGAAGAGCAAAAGAAGCUGAACAAUUAAAGGUAGAUUUAUUACAGUCCAGGAUGGCAGAAAAGAUGGCCAAAGAGAGGCUGAUGGAAAUAACAAGGAGUAAUGUUUAUCAGCAAUACUGGACUGAUUUCUGUCUUCCGUUAUAUAAUACACAGGUUCAACCCUCAUAUCAACUGCCAGAAUUGACAUCAGAUAUAACAACAGAUCUUACUGAAGCUGAGCUUGGAGGAGAUUUGUUUGGAGUUGGUGAUAUGGAUCAACUCUCACUUGAAAUUGAGAAGGAAAGGGUGGAAUACAUGGAGAAAUCUAAACAUCUUCAAGACCAGCUACGAGAACUGAAAACUGAAAUAGAAGUGCUAAAAGUAGAGGAAAAUGAAACAGAUUAUGAUAGAUUACAUGAAGAUGGUAUACAGAGAGGAGAUAGUAAAUAUUCAACACUCAGACAGGCCAAAGCCAAUACAACUUCGUCUAGAGUAGCCUUCUUUGAACAGUUAUGAUAACCGUUAUAUAACUAAUCAGUAUUUGGUGCCAGAAAGUAUUUCUUUGUAUUGGAUGUGAUUCAUGGCUAUUAUCAAGUUGAAUUGUUGGAUAUAGUACUUUGAAAAUGACAUUAUGAUAAUAAUCCACCAGAAUAUAUUUUAUAAUUUUAAAAUAUUAAAUGUGUGUCCUUAAUAAACUUUAAGCAUGUAAUGGCAUUUAAAUGGUAUUUAUAAAGUUUAAAAAGCAAUAAUUUAUUAACUACAGCAUGAACCUUUGUUGUGCUGACAUUUAUGACCAGGAAAACAACACAAUUCACAACCUUGAUUUGAAACAAAAUUGUGAAUGAACCAUAUUUUUAGACAGUUGUUUGACAAUGUGCUAUUAAAAUGUAUAAAUGUGUAUGGAGAAUGGUAACAGUGCUUUUCAAAUUUUCACAAUUUUUGUUGAAAAUACAUAGAAGUUUUAUUGGGGAGGGGGAUAUGAAAGUCUGGAUGGGGUUUCUUGAAUUCUGUAGGAUUUAAUUUAAGGGGCAUCAGUGUACUGUGGACACAUUCUUUCUUGUUUUCUAUUUUUUUUCAUUUUAGCCCAAAAAAUAUUCUCUAUUCUGUAUUUUCUCUAUUGUAUUUUUGCCUUUUUUCUGUAUUUCAGGUUCAUUUUCUCUGUUCUGUAAACCCCAUCCAGACCCUGGACACACAUGAAAUGAGUUUUUCAUUUUUAUACGGAAAUAUUUAUAUUUUACAUUUUAUAAUGUUAUUUGUGUUUAUAUAUGAAACCAAACUUGAAAAGUGUCAAUAUUUGUGCUAACACUGCCAAAAUAUGAAGUUUUUUUUUUAAAGUGACUGAUUAAAGAUAAAAUGAUUUUUAUUAUGACUUUUUAAUCGCAUCAAUUAUAGAAAUUGUAAUUUUAAUAUUAAGAUUUGACCAUAGGAAUUAAUAAGUAAUCCUGUUUGAGCUAAGAUUUAGAAGAGGGACACAGUUCUAAGAUACAGGGCAUGUAUGUGUGGUAUCUUGUAAAAAAAGGGGACACUUUAUCAUGUUUAAAUAUAAAAGAAAUGAAAAAGUUUGCCAUGGUUUUAGUGGGUACAUGUCGCCAUGCCAUUGUUAGUUUGUUAUGGACCUACGAGUUUGAUGUCACUUUGGUAUAAACUAUAGCCUCUCUUUGAAGUGAUAUUGUAUUUUUACGUGGUUUAUAGUAUUUUUUGGGCUGUAAAGAUCUUUGUCACAUUGAAAAGUAUUAAUUUUCCGCCAGACAACAGAAGCCCAUAUAUAGGACAGGAAUAUAAGGUCAAAAUGACAGUUGUUUGCUGCUGCCUUUCAAACCACCUAUAAAAACAGCCUACCCAAGUAAUUAUAUGACACAAAUCAGUUCAUUUUUUUAUAUAAAGAUUUUUUUCUCUAACUGGCAAUAAAAAAAAACAGAAUUCUUAUGGGUGACCUAAAGGUGGAGAGUUCUACACAAUGGGAAGAGGUGAACUGUGCCUCUCUACUUUUGAUUAAUAGCUAAGACACUGUAAUAAAAUGUCUAUCCAUGCUCCAAAGUUGCUUUAGGAAUGUUGAUACCUUUUUUACCAAUAUGAAUACAAAAUAUGGUAUUUUGACUUUUGAGAUUGGUAUGUGUACAAGAUACACAUCUUUUAAGUGCUAUUUUUGGCAGUGAAUACUGUUGUUAAGUUUCAUGCUCUGUUAGUUUCAUAACAAGAUCUGAUAUUUUAUUAUUGAGUAUGCUUUUAUAAUGUGCAAUACUUUUUCUAGCUAUUUAUAUUAUUUGUGCUAUUAUUUGUUGUUUCAUGUAGAAUAAUGUAUGUAGACUGGUUCUGGUUCUUAUUCAUGUAUAUAUUUCAUCAAGAUACCAGUCUAAACAAUUGCAAAUUGAUUUUUUACCCAUGACACUGAAGUUUACAAAUGUAUAUAAUGUCUUUCUACCAAUAUAAAUACAUAUUCAUCUGGUAAGGGCCUUUCUAAAUAUCGAUGUGUGAGGGUAGGAACGGUUGUUUUAUAUUUUAGUGAUGGGUCAUUUAUGGUUGUAUAUCUACUUGUUGUAUACAACAUUACUAAGAGUAAAAGUUAUUUUUGUUGUGGGGAAUAUUUCGAAGUAUGUUUUUACCUUUUCUCAUUCAUUUUAACAGAUAGCAAUGUAACCAGAUUAUUCUCAUUUACCAUACUUCAUUUUAUUUAUUUAUUAAUUUUGUGUUUUACAGCAAAGCUGUAUAUAUUACACAUUUAAUUGUCAAAUGAAGCCUGGUUUGGUUUCGUCUUUGUUUUCUGAUCUACCUGACUAUACUUGUUCACAAGGUUCUUUUUUCAUAGGAAUGUUGUUUUUAUUUUUGGUUCAAAUUUCUGACACAAAUGAUGGUGCAUACAUGUUGUAGAGAUAUUUUUUAAAAGCAUUACUGGAAACUUUUAGUACCAACACUAUGACAACAAUGAAUAUAACACAAAGUUACUGAAUAUUUAGGAAGUUAAAAUUUCAGCAACUACAAUUAUAUUCAAGUUGAAUUUUCUAUAGAUAUAGGAGGGUGUAGUGUGAGUGCUAAUGAGACAACUCUCCAUCCAAAUAACAAUUUAAAAAGUAAACCAUUAUAGGUUAAAGUACGGCCUUCAACACGGAGCCUUGGCUCACACCGAACAACAAGCUAUAAAGGGCCCCAAAAUUACUAGUGUAAAACCAUUCAAAUGGGAAAACCAACGGUCUAAUCUAUAUAAACAAAACGAGAAACGAGAAACACGUAUAUAUUACAUAAACAAAUGACAACUACUGUACAUCAGAUUCCAUACCCCUUUUCUGCAGCACACAAUUGUGUAUCAGAUAUAAAAGGACAUGAGAUCUUUCCCAUGUAUUUUCUAAUUACUACUCAAUAAUGAUAAUUGUUAUCCCAAUUUAAGCCACAUUUGGCUGGUGGAAAUUGGAGAAGAAUAAGGUCAUUAUAUGACCCUUGAUUAAUGUAGCAUUAUAUGAAAUGUGUUCAAAAAAGAUAAAGAAAUCAAAUUAGUUCAUAUUUCAUUGUAUAUUGACAUCAAAAUCAUUGGAAUUAUUUAUUGCCUUUUGUGAAAGAUUGUAUAAAACAUUUUUUUUUUUUAUAAAAUUUGUAAAAAGCCUGCUGGACUGAAUUUUUGUAUAUGUGUCAGAAUUUCAAAAACAUGUACAAUGUGUAUAGUACAUGACAUCACUCUUUUGUUCCAUUAUUUAUAACAUGUGGUCAAUUUAAUUUUUAUCAAGACCUACUAGAGAUUGUAAAUGUUAGAAGAAAUAUGUACAAGUGUUGGCAUUGUUUGAGAAUUUCUUUUUUCAGCGGACACAAAAACAGUUAAAACCGCUGAAUGUUUUCUCCAAUUUUUAAGCUUCAAUCGAAUAUGAAACAUCUCUCUAAUUUAACAUGCAUUUGCUAGCUUCUUUUUAAUUUUGAUUUUAUCUAAACUAGAUUCUAAGUUCCAAAGGAGAAGGGGCAAUAAGGCCCUUAUUUGGCCCAAAAUUUACUGCAAAUUUUAAAGUUAUCAUACAUAUUCUGAAAUUACUGAAAACUUGUCUAAAGUAUUAGGUACUUAGAAAAACUAAACAAAUUUGACAUCGAACAAGUUACCAUGGCUUCAAAUCAUAACCUUAUUUGCAUAUUUUGUUAAAUUUCGUGAUUUUCCUUGUUUUUUCAUCAAAUUUUUAGUAUAUUUUAGACUGAAUAAAUAUGUGUGCACCCAAGAAACAACUUUAUAUUUGGAGAGAUAAUGCCAAUAGUUAUAAUAAAGCUUUUGUUAAAUUAUUUUGUUGUUUCUCAGCUGAGCAGGAUGUUUCCACAAUGGAAAUAAAGUAAGAAAACAUCACAAAUUCUGUAUUUUUCAUCGUUUUUGUGAAAACAGUACAUAUUAUGACGUAAUUGUGACCUCAUCAGAUAAAAAUCUUAAUGUUUUUCAUUUAUAUUUCUUGACCAUAUGUAUAUCUUAACAUUAUGUGCCAAUUUGAAAUAGUUAUCAAACAUUUCAUUUUCUUGGGCCAAAAAUAGGAUUUAAUGCCCCUACUCCUUUAUUAUACACUAUAGAUUCCUUAUUUUUUAGAGUACUAAUUUUUCAUGGAUUGAGAAAAAUGUAUUUUCGUAGAUAUCUGAUUUAAUGGUUUGCCAAAGUCUACUUACAAGCCUAGAGGAAAUUUAUACUUUGUUCAACAUUUAAAGCCAUGAUCAGCCUUACCCCCGCCAAAAUCCACAAAAAGGAGUAGGUCCGGUAAAGGCAGAUUUUGGCCUCAAAGUUCAAGUUCAUCUGAUGCAGGAUUUUUGACACAUUUUAAACACUUUAAUGUCUAAUCCAGUCGAUUCAAUUAGUUUAUAAGAAAGAUCGGAACUGAUUUAGUAAUUUAAGACGCUAUUAUUCAAGCUGAAAUAUGAAAAAUCUAUCAAUUAUGCCAUAAUAUGUCACUUUUCAGAUGUUUUUUUGUCAAAAAUGGAAGUUGCCACAUUCAUGUUCAAUCUCAACCUUUAUAUAUGUUUUAAACGUUAUAUAAGUUAUAUAUUAUCAUAAAAAUACAACUUACAUUUAGAUAUUCAGAAUGAACACAAAUGUGGCCAAUAUUAAAACUGUAUCUUACUUAAUUAUAUAGACACCAAGAAAAUUAAAAAAUUGUGAAAAGAACAGUGUGAAUCUUAAUGGGAAAUAGAGUAUCCUGGAGAUUUUUACAGUAUUCAUAUGAAUAUUUCUAAUAAGAUGAAGUUCAUGACUUAAAUCAAUGAUCAAAUUCCCUCUGAGUAUGCAAGAAGGGAAAUAUAAAUGUGUUUUCAUUUUGUUCAAAGAAUGAGAAUUGAAACCUCAAAAAGUUUCCUCAUAUCAAAGAAAUAAUUGCCUUGUAGAGUAUAAAUCAAAAGAAUUUGAGGCAAGUCAUUAUCACAAGUGUAAAGAUGAAAUUAACUUUUUAUGCUGUAGAAUUAAUUUACUGAAGGAUUAUCCUUUUACUUGGUAAAUAAAAAAAACAGGGUAGUUUUUAUCAUAUAGACAAUAAUGCAUGUUUCUUGAAAUGAAAUUAUAAAAAAAAUGAAUUGUUUGCACUUUAUAUCAGAACAUAGCUACUAUCACCAGUUAGUUUUAUACUUAGGUUGUUUAAAGCAGAGUUGAUUAUAUGUCAAUUGUCUUAACAUGGCAUUUAUCUAUAAUAAACUGAAAU